AUGUUGAAGAAAGCUGCAAUUAAAACAGAGUAUUUCACUCUCUCUGGAACUCACAACCCAAAACAGAGCAUCUCUCUCUCUCUCUCUCUCUCAAAGUUGAUAAUGUUAAGGGAGGCACAACUCGUGGGAGUAGGCCUCAUGACAGUAGUCAUCCAUGCCUGCUUCCUUUCAGUUUGUGUUGCUAAGCAUCACAAGUACCAGAGAUGCAGCCCCUCUUCCUGCGGAGAUAUGAGGAACAUUUCCUACCCUUUUCGAUUACAAGACGAUCCCCCCAGCUGCGGUUACCCUGAGUAUGAAUUGAUUUGUGAAAACAAUCGUACUAUGAUAAACCUGUACGGAGGGAAAUACUUAGUUACCCAGAUCAACUACCAUAAUUAUACAAUUCGGGUAGUGGAUCCUGGGCGAAAGAAGGACAACUGUUUGAUCCCCAGUCCUCUUCAUUCCAUUGGUGCAUAUUACACUGAGUAUAACUAUGAAUCUCCAUAUUAUUGGCCUUUUAAAUGGAGAGCUGUUUAUUCUCCUUCGCCUUCUGAACCAAUAUCCUAUACAAUAGUUUUGAUGAACUGUGAGCAGUCAAACACCCACGAUAACUAUAUUCCUAUAAUUCCAUGCAACACUACAGGCUAUUCCUCUUCCUCAUCACCAACAUACGCUUAUGCAGUAGUCGGAUACAAUGUGUUCCUGGGAGAUAUUCCGUAUUCAUGCACCAUCGGCACAUAUAUGAUUAUUCAACCAUUGAAGGCAUUUCCAGAGCCCAGCAACCUUUCAAUGUCAGAUUUGCAAGAUUACCUGCUUCUGGGGCUUCAGCUUUCAUUUUUGUCUCACUUCUGCGACCACCAAUGCAAAAUGGAAGGGCUAUAUUGCCGCUAUGAACAUUUCUUUGGGAAUGCCGGCUUUAAAUGCCAGGAGUCAAGGAACGAAUAUAGUCCGGACACUUCAGAGAAAAAUUGUGAGUAA